AUGUUGAAGGAAAAUAGUAGAGGAAUACAUGGUGGCAACACCAGCAACCAUUGGUCCCGGAUUUGUGACACGUGCCAAUCAGCGGGUUGCACCGUGUACUGCAGGGCUGACUCGGCCUACCUCUGUACUGGCUGUGACGCUCGCAUCCACAGAGCCAGUCAUGAAGCCUCGCUCCAUGAGCGCAUGUGGGUGUGCGAGGCCUGUGAAAGUGCUCCAGCAGCCUUCCUAUGUAAGGCUGAUGCUGCAUCCCUAUGUACAACCUGUGACUCGGAUAUUCACUCUGCCAACCCGUUGGCACGGCGCCACCAACGUGUCCCAAUUAUGCCUUUUACCGGCAUGCUCUAUGGUACUCCCUCAGCCACUCACCCCAGUGGAUUAGUAAUGGGGCCUACAGGGGUUGCAGCCAAGAUUGAGUUCUUGACUCAAGAUGAUGAUCAAACUAUACUUGAAGAAGAUGAAGACGAGGCAGCUUCAUGGCUUUUCUUCAACCCAGUCAAGAAUAUAAACAACCAAAGUAACAGCAUUGGACAAUUCUUCGGUGGAGAGGUUGACAAGUAUUUAGACCUUGACGAGUACAAUUCAUGUCAGGACAACCAGUUCAGUAAUCAGGACAACAAUCAACAGCAAUCUUACAAUGUUUCUCAAAAGAGCCAUGGCAGUGACAAUGCUGUGCCAAUCCAGUACAGAAAGAGUACGGAUCAGAUUCACAACCAUGGUUUUCAAUUGAGGAUGGAGUACGAGGCCAUGAAGAAUGGUUAUGAUAAUCCCACUUCAAUUUCUGACACUGUAUCACUUUCAUCUUUAGAUGUUGGAGUUGUUCCAGAAUACACAAUGAGAGAGGUUUCAGUCUCCCACCCAAGACCUCCAAAGGGGACAAUUGAUCUUUUCUCCAGCCCUCCUAUCUCAAUGCCAACACAACUUUCUCCAAUGGACAGAGAAGCGCGAGUGUUAAGGUACAGAGAGAAGAAGAAGGCGAGGAAGUUUGAGAAGACAAUCAGGUAUGCAUCAAGGAAGGCCUAUGCAGACACCAGACCUAGGAUCAAAGGUCGAUUUGCAAAGAGAACAGAUGAAGGAGUCGACCAGAUGUUCUCAACAAUGCCAAUAGAAGAAGGUGGCUAUGGAAUCGUCCCAUCAUUCUGA